AGCUCUUGGAAUUCUGCAGUGCCAUCCACGGCUGCUCCUCCUCUCCACUUCUCCAGACCCGGUUGCCAUCCAUCCAAGAAUGUCGUCAGGAGCCAUGAUGCUGAGCAGUGGCUGCUCGUCCCCGUGUGAGGUGUCCUGUCCCCAGCCCUACGCAGACACCUGUAGCCAGCCCUGUGUCACCUCCUGUGGGGACUCGCGGGCCGUGGUCUACCCUCCACCCGUGGUCAUCACCUUCCCAGGGCCCAUCCUCAGCUCCUGCCCCCAGGAGAGCAUCGUGGGCUCCUCCUUCCCAUCAGGGGCCAUGGGAUCUUCUGGGUCUGGGGGCGCCAUUGGGGGAUCCUACGGAGGGGGCAGCGGCUCCAUGGGGGGAAUUGGGGGAUCCCUUGGAGGUGGUUCCAUGGGUGGAUCCUACGGAGGCGGUUCCAUGGGUGGAUCCUAUGGAGGCGGUUCCAUGGGUGGAUCCUACGGAGGUGGUUCCAUGGGGGGCUCCUAUGGAGGUGGUUCCAUGGGUGGAAUUGGGGGAUCUUACGGAGGGGGUUGCAUGGGUGGAUCCUACGGAGGGGGCAGAUCCUUUGGCUCCGGGGGCUCCUAUGGAGGGGGCAGAUCCUUUGGGAGCAGAAGAUCCUUUGGCUCCUCAGGCGGGGGCUUUGGGGGUUCCUGCGGCGGGGGCAGCUCCUUUGGGGGCGGCUCCUAUGGAGGGGGAUCCUACGGAGGAGGCAGCUCCAGCUCCAGGAGGUUUGGAGGAGGAAACUGCGGCUCCUUUUAGUUCUGAGGCAGCCCCGGCUCCCCCGGCAGCAGCCACGGGCUGGGCUGAUCCCCUGGGGAAGCUGCAAGGCAGGGACAUCCCAGGAAUUGCCUUCUCCAGCCUUUGUGGAUCUGCAUCGCUUCCCAAAGCCUUGGGAAUUGUCCUUUGUGCUCCCUGUGUGUGACUCUGCCACCAACCCUUCCCUGCCAUUAAAGUUCUCUUGCAUUCAAAUUC